AUGCCCUCGAAUAGUUUGCUCAGGGAAAUACUGCAAAGGCCACCGGUAGCUCAGUCAAUGUUAUCACUGGUGCAGAGAAAUUUGCUUGAUUCAGCAGUUGCCACAUGGCUACAACCCACGCUCGCCGAUUUAACUUCUGACAUCAGUGAAAGCCAACGAGAACUGAAUUAUUGGUCAGCUGUCAUCGAUGCCGCGCAAGUGCAACAGCCUGAUGGACACAUAUACACAGGGAUCACCUGUCCGAGACUUCGAGCCAAUAUUUAUUAUGAUAACCGCGCUAAAACUGGAAAUCGAUUUGAUAGCGAUAGCGACUGUGCUGGAUAUUAUGUGAGUAAAGUAGAAGAGAGAUGA